UCACUUGUUUUGUAAACAAAACGAAGGGUCGGUCAGCCAUAACAACAAAAACAACCACCUUAAGCACAUAUGCACAGCUGAUUGGCUGCUUUUAACUUGUUUGAAAAAAAUGCCAUUAAAACGCGCGCAAUACGAUAGUAAAUGUUAUUGCAACAGUGUUGCGUCGACAUGUUGCAGCAAUACCCAUGUAAAUUGCUUCAAGCGCAAUACUGGUAGCGGAAGUAUUUUCAGUGUUGCAAGCAAACGCGAUAAACAAAUUUCUAAUAUAAGAACAGCGGAGAAGAAUAAACAAAAGACAGACUUUGUUAAAGUAAAAACAAAACCAACUGUCCCAUGUUGGGAUCAGGGGCUUGGCCAUUCUAAUUUGCAUAGCGUCACUAAUUUUAGUCGACGUAAUUCCGCCGCAACCACAGUAACAUUUUCCACGCCUUGUGCUACGCCAGCAUCAAUUCAAAGUUCGAACGGAACCACGACCUCGAUCAAAACGCCGUCGCCGCCCCCAUCAACCGCAUCCACAACCACAAUUUUAAAGAAUUUGCCUGUAAGUAUGUCAGCGUUAGGCGAUAACUUCAGCGCGCUGAGCGUUUCGUCAAAACGUGACCGCGGCAGCGAUUGCGGCGACGCGCUGCCGCACGAGUACACCGAGCAACGACGCUACUAUGAGAGCGCAAAGCAGUUAAUGAAGUUAAUAUCCGCACAGGGUGACAGGUAUACCACGCUGAAUCUUAUCAGCGGCAGCGGUGGGGACGGUAUUACUGCCGCCGCUUGUGUGCGCGACGCGGAAGUGGAGGCAAAACGCUUGCGCCAAUUACAAGAAUUUCGUUUACAAAAUGCUGAAGACUGCUUCAGUGUACAUCGACAGUUAGAUUUGCAUUUGCCGAUAGGUAAAAAAACGUUGACACCCGAUGAAAUGGAGCAAAUGGUAUGUAAAUUACAACGGAAGACUUUAUCGCCGAUGCGGGUUAAGACGGAGAGCUCUGGCACAAAUGGCAUAAAAAGCGUGGUGGUUAAGCAGAGCGCGAAGAAACCACAUCAUACUGCAAUUACUCCAUAUGCGGUGCGUCAAAGAUUGUUACAACUACGUUUGGAAGCAGAGGAGUUGAAACGCGAGAGACCUGGUCGUAAGUUGUAUCGCCCAUUGGAAAAUAGUUGUGCAUUGCGAUAUCAAGAGACCUACUAAGCGAAGACUCACAGUAUGAAACAGUAUUAUGUAAGUAAAAAUUUAACAACUUUUGACUAUAGGAAUAACUUUUACAAGAGAUUACUUACAAAUUUACAAAUAAAAUAUACAUACACAUAUAUUUACAAAUUUGUACAUACUAUAUGUAUAUAAGGUUUAAGAACAAAAAUAAAAAUUUCAAUCAAAAUUGUAAGUCCCAUAAUUAUGCUAGCUAUUGUACUAAAAAAUUACAUAUUAAUAAAUAUUAUGACUCAACUUUAGAACUA